AUGCAAGACACCGAAGUUACGAUCUCGCGCUUCCAGCGCUCCGUCGCGAUUGCCCUCGCCGCCGUCCAGCACGGCUUCGAGGAGGAGCAUCCCGAGCCGCGCACCGGCUACUCGCUCGACCUGGCGCUGCCCUCUUCACGCCUCGCGGUCGAGGUGGACGGCCCCUCUCACUUCCUGCUGCCCGACGGCCGGGGUGUGCGCAAACCCAACGGGCACACGCUUCUCAAGCGGCGCCUCCUCGCGGCGGCCGGCUGGCGGGUGAUCAGUGUUCCGUUCUACGAGUGGGACGGCUUGCGGUCGGCCAGUGCGCGGCAGACCUACCUGGAGAGGGUGGCCGUCCUGCCGAAGAUCGAAGAGAGCGAGGCGAAGGCGGCGGCGGACGGCGCGGCGGGCGGUUCAGCCGUGGAGUCGGCCGCAGUCCGGGGGCUCGGCCUCGCGCUGGGCGGGGCAGGCUCGAGGGCAGGAGGCCCCUCCUCGCCCACACGCGGCGACGCUCCUCCAUAUCCCUUCCUAUGGGUGUCCGCGUUUUCUUAG